AGUAUCUAAAAAUACCUGUCAUCAACUGGUUUUAUUACCUCAGUCAGAUCGUACUUAUCUAAGUCGAGAUAAAUUUCUUGCUUUUGACGCGAACACUACGUGUGUCUUCAUCAUAAUAUUUAUAUCAAUGUUUGACUUGCCACAGCUGUAAUCAGCGUACGAUACGACCGAUCGGAGAACACAUAAAUAUUAAUUUCUGGUGUUCGGCUUCAGUUUACAAGUGACCAUUCAGUGAAGCAACAACAAUGACGGCUAAAGUAGCAUUUAACUUUAAAGGACUUAUGGCACCGGUGUUCACUGCGUUCCAUGAUGAUAAACGAAGAACCGUAAAUCUAAAUCAGAUUACCCCGUACGCUGAGUACUUGAAAAAGAACGGCGUUGACGGUGUUUUAGUGAAUGGUACGUCCGGCGAAGGUAUGAGCUUAAGUGUUGAUGAACGGAAACAGACGGCAGAACGCUGGCAAAAAGUGAGCCAAGAUUUGAAAAUAACGACAAUGAUUCAAAUCGGUGGUGCACCAUUCGCAGAUGUGAUCGAAUUGGCAAUCCAUGCUGAGUCGAUCAAAGUUGAUUCGAUUUUAUGUCUACCCGAAUUGUACUUUAAGCCGAAAACCGAAGAGGAGCUGGUCAAAUACCUGAAAGACAUUUCGCAAUUCUGUCCGACUACUCCAUUAUUGUACUAUCACAUACCAUGGAUGAGUGGAGUUAACUUGAAUAUGCCAAAGUUCUUAAAUCUGGCCGAAAAGGAGAUUCCCAACUUUGUUGGCUUGAAGUAUACAUCCGGUGAUUUGGAACAGGGAACAGCCUGUCUGAAACCAGGACGUAGUGUGUUCCUUGGAGCCGAUACUAUUCUGUGUGCUGCCGCAGCUAUUGGUUUUGAGUCAUCCAUUAUGACGACCUUGAAUUUCUGUCCAGAGUUGUCGCUCGAAAUUAUGAAAUACGUCAGAGAAAAUCGAUUGCAAGAAGCUCGUCAGACACAGGAAGUGCUGAGCAAACGAGUCCAGAAGAUAUUGGAAAAUGGCGAAUGGGUUCCGGCAAUGAAACUUGAAUUCAACAAAAUUCAUCCGGCAUCGAUGGACUCGGGGCCAGUGCGUCUAGUGAAACAGCUUUAAGUAGACCAUUCGAUUUGAGACGAUUAUUUUUUGAGAAUUUUUGUGUAUUUUGUAAAAGAAAAAGAAAUUGAAUGAAAACCAAACCAAUAAAUUUGUAAAUUUAUAAACAUAAAA